CAAAGAAAGAGAGAAAAAAAGGUCCAUUUUCUUCUUGUUGUAUGCUUUUUUACAAAAAUGGCGUUUUCGAAGAGCUUGAAACUCCAAAUCUAUCUGCUGUUUUUGGCUCUUCUUUUGGUGGGUCUUUUCAUCUUCCACUUCUCUACCAACCCACUUGCAAGGAUGGAGAAAUCAUGGAUUUUCAAGUCUCAAUCUUGUGUGAAGCAGGAUCCUGAAUAUUCAGAGAUGGCUAAGGUGUUGAGAAACGCUGCAAGGAUGGACAGAACAGUUAUCUUAACUACCGUAAAUGAAGCGUGGGCCGCCCCAAAUUCGAUCUUUGAUCUCUUUCUAGAGAGUUUCCGAAUUGGCGAAGGGACGUCGGAUCUUCUAAGACAUUUGGUGAUCAUUGCAAUGGAUCAAAAGGCAUUUGAUCGGUGCAGAUUUAUACACUCCCACUGCUUCUCCCUCGCCACCAAGGGCGUAGAUUUCUCUGGGGAGAAACGGUUCAUGACCGCCGACUACCUGAAGAUGAUGUGGCGCAGAAUCAGAUUCUUGCAAUCCGUACUGGAAUUGGGCUAUCACUUUGUCUUCACGGGUGCCGACGUUAUGUGGUUUCGAAACCCACUUCCACACUUCACCAGCGCCGCUGAUAUCACGAUCGCAUGUGAUAUCUUUUCAGGCAAUUCCUCGGAUUUGAACAACAGAGCCAAUGGAGGAUUUUAUUACGUACGAGCCAACAGCUUCACCAUCCAACUCUACAAAUACUGGUACAUGGAAAGAAAGCUAUACCCAGGCCACCACGACCAAGAUGUUUUCAACAUCAUCAAACACCAUCAAUUCAUAUACCAGAUGGGAUUAGAGAUCAAGUUCUUGGACACGGCCUACUUUGGUGGGUGUUACCAGAAGAGUGCGGAUCUCAAUAAGGUAUGUACAAUGCAUGCGAAUUGCUGUGUCGGGAUCGAGAGAAAGCUUCAUGAUCUGACGCUUGUUCUUGAGGACUGGCGGAAUUUCACCGCGCUUUCAAUGGAGGAGAGGGGAUUGAAAAAAGCUUCUUGGAGAGCUCCAAGCAAAUGCAAAUGGUGGAAAUGACAACAGAUUCUGGAUCUUUUCAAAUUGCAAUCUCUUCCCAUCUACUUCUUUGUUACCCCUACUUGAUAUCCAGUCGGGUUGGGUCGACUCAAGAGUUUUUAAUUGACUUGACUCAAUAUAUUUUAAAAAUAGCCUUCAGGAUAGCAGUAAAUAUUUCAAAAACAUUGUGAAAUGCUCCACUGCUCUCAGAGCACUAUUAAGUCAUAGAUAGCGACAGUCUACGCACUGUUAAGUUAUGGUGAUCCAUACCAGUGGCGGCAAGCCUUUUCCCAUUGUAUAUGGACAGUUAAGAUCAAUCGAUUGCAACUAGGAGCACUGAAGCAUUUCUCAAAAAGCAUUAUACAUGUAAAAUAUAUAAAAUAGCCAAAGUAAACAACAAGGUAAGGAUUAGUGGAACCUGUCUCUGUUACAUAUGCUGAGGUUGAUGGUUCGUAUUUGUGCAUUGUCAUUUAACUCUUUUAAACUGACUUGGCAAGUCUUGCUGAGUCUGGACCGAGUUAGUCUCACAUGCGAGUUUACUAUA